GUACAUAUAGCGGUGGCAUGUGUCCUUUCCCCGCAGAUUGACAUUUUAAUUGAGAAGUAAUUGGGUAUUAUUCACAUGUCUGGUGGGGCGAUGGCCUAUCGUAAAUCCCACAUGUCUGCGUAAAGAACAGACAGUGAUUGUCGUUCAUGGUCGCCGUCUACACCCUUCUCCUGCAUGCAAUUCCAACAGAAUCCCAGUUACCAGAUGCAACCGCGAUUGGAUCCAAACCCAUGGGACCCGCGGGAAAAGAAAAGAAAAGACAUGGAACCAUUCGAACCUGGAAGGGUUCCUCCCAUGCUUCUUCUCUCCCGUCUUGUGGCUUUUGGGUGGUAAGGCUGCACGCUAUCUUUCCACUCUCAUGUUGGAGCAAGCGCCAGAUUAGGAAAUGCGUCCCCGCGAUUGUUUAUAUUCUAUCUAGGGAGACGCGGGAUCUCUAGCAAGGGGGUGCCACACAACCCAUUGUCUUGUUAGGAAGGUCCAGAAAAUCGCUCUUUUCACGCAGACGCUGCUGCUGCUCUACCUAUGACCGUGUCGUGUAUGUUGGAUAACUAACCGGAAAUCGUAUGGGAAUAAGUGUUCGCGAAUGGUUGCAUGGUCUUCUCGUCUCGUGCCGCGUCUGCGCGCUCCUUUGAUGGUUCUCGGGCCGUGGUUUACCGUGCGGGUAGAAGCUGACAUCUUUUUUGGGCGUCAUGCAGUGUGUAGGUAUGUAGGAAGGAUCCCCUUUCCCACUUGGCAGUGUGCCUACCUCCGAUUAAAUUUCCCAUGGUUUGCCUAAUGCUGCGAACGACAGCGCGACAUCUGAAAUGGAACGUUAUGACGGAUAAGGCGUCGGUAACGUUGUAUUUAGGUAAGGCAGCCAACGAGAUCGAGUGUCUGCGUGGAAAUUACUGUAUAA